AUGAAGAAAGGUGUCAGCUUCCUGGUUGCUGUUGCCCUCAUGGCAUUGGCUUCCUCUCUUGUCGCUGCCUUUGAUCCAAGCCCACUUCAGGACACUUGUGUUGCCAUUCCUGAACCCAAAAAUGCAGUAUUUGUAAAUGGAAAGUUCUGCAAGAACGCAAACCUGACUGUGGCCGAGGAUUUCUUCUUUCAAGGGCUGAAUAUUCCAGGAAACACAGCAAAUCGAGUGGGCUCAAAUGUCACUACAGUAAAUGUUGAUGCAAUACCAGGACUUAACACUCUUGGGAUAUCACUGGUUCGUAUAGAUUAUGCACCCUAUGGUCAAAACCCUCCUCACAUGAUCACUCACCCUCGUGCCACUGAGAUCCUCACUGUCUUGGAGGGAACACUCUUAGUUGGCUUUGUCACAUCCAACCCUCAAAACCGCCUCUUUAGCAAAGUCCUCAACAAGGGAGAUGUUUUUGUGUUCCCUAUAGGUCUCAUUCACUUCCAAUUCAACAUUGGGCACACUAAUGCAGUAGCCAUUGCUGGUCUGAACAGCCAAAAUCCAGGUGUAAUCACCAUAGCCGAUGCAGUGUUUGGAUCAAAUCCACCCAUCAAUCCUGAUUUCCUUGCCAGGGCCUUCCAGUUGGACAAGAAGGUGGUUGAAUACCUUCAAGCACUAUUCUAGUUGGAAAAUAUAGAAAAUUAA